AUGGCGGAAGUGCAGACGAGAGCCCAGCUGCUAUCGAGACGUGAGACGCUGCUUUCAUCGUUGGGUCGGGCAGAAGCUUUCGUCAGUGGAUAUGAAGCACAACGAGACCAACUGCAAGUUCCGUUGAGAAUCCAGUACUUGGACGGCGUAUGGAACAAUCUGGAAGCGGUUCAGGCGCAGCUUGAGGACAGCGAGACGACGGAUGAAGGAAGGGCAGAGCAUGCUACCAUUCAUGCAGGGUUUGAAUCAAGGCUGUUUGAAAUAAAAGCCAGUCUCAUUUCAAAAUUGCCUCCUAUUAUUCAAGAGCGCAUCCCUCCUCCCCCUCAAGUUUCCUCCACUCUCUCUGGGAUCAAGCUGCCGACGAUUUCUCUACCCGAGUUCGAUGGAGAUUAUAUGCAAUGGCUUGCAUUCCACGAUACCUUCAUGGCGCUCAUCCACUCGAAUCCAGAUCUGCCAGCCAUUCAGAAGUUCCACUAUCUACGAGCAGCAGUCAAGGGUGAAGCUGCUCAACUGAUCGAAUCGAUUGGCAUCAGUUCCGCUAACUACGCUUUGGCUUGGCAGACUCUGGAGAACUGGUAUUCCAACGAUUAUUUGUUGAAGAAGCGACACCUGCAGGCACUCUUCGACAUCCCGCGCAUGAAAAAGGAGUCCGCUGCAGCAUUACAUGGAUUAGUGGACGACUUUGAGCGGCACACGAAGACUCUUCAUCAAUUGGGAGAACCUACCGACACCUGGAGUGCUAUUUUGGAACAUCUUCUGUGCACGCGACUGCACGAUGACACUCUAAAGGCGUGGGAGGACCAUGCGUCGACGGUAGCGAAUCCGGAUUACACCUGCCUCAUCGAUUUCCUGCAACGGAGGACACGAGUACUAGAAUCCAUCUCCGUGAAUCACCACACAGCCGAAUCUGCUUCUGGUUCCAGUGGGCAUUCUCAUCCGUCGAGGAAAAAUCAGGUCCACACACAGCUUCGCCUUGCUUCUUGUGCAUCGACUACUAGUUCUGGGGAAAAGUGCAUCGCCUGCAGCCAGUCACAUUCUGUGACGAAAUGCGUCAAAUUCAACCGACUUUCGCCGAUCGAACGACAGCAGCUUGUAAGCUCAAAACGUCUGUGUCAUAACUGCUUGAGGGGUGAUCAUUUCGUUCGCAAUUGCCCUUCCAGUUUCAACUGCCGUAAAUGUAAUCGACGUCAUCAUACUCUUCUUCAUCUUGGACAGACCGAGAGUUCUCGCAGGACUAGCAACGAAGGUACUUCUCCUAGUGUCGAAGCCGAUCCGAGUUUGCUUUCUCAUGCACCAUCUGCAAUUGAGUCGUCCACACAAUCGAUGGUUACUGCCUCCGAGAAUGUUCCGCCAGUUGAAGUCAGCACAGCUCUGCAGCAUCCUCGUGAAAACGUUUUUCUCCUCACCGUCGUGGUGAAGGUCAUCGGAGCGCACGGUGUGGAGUAUCUAGCCCGCGCGCUUCUUGACAGUGCCUCGCAACCAAAUCUCAUCACGGAUCGGUUGGCGAAGAUUCUGCGGCUGCGGCGACAGCCCGCGAACGUGACAGUACAAGGAGCAGGUCAGCUUUCCAAACCUGUCAAUGAAUCCGUUUUCGCUCUGGUGCAGUCCAGGAAGGGAAACUUCUCGUGUGGUGUAAACUUUCUGGUGAUGGAUAAAGUGACUGCUGUUCUUCCUUCUCAAAACAUUUCCAUUGCGAAUUGGAAUAUUCCGGAUGAAUUGUUCAUGGCAGAUCCAUCGUUCAACGAGAGUCAACCGAUAGAUAUGGUUCUAGGCGCAAGACAUUUCUACUCCUUCUUCCCCAGCAAUGAGCGCGUCCAGCUUGACAGAAACCUUCCACUUCUGGUCAACAGCGUCUUCGGUUGGAUCGUUGCUGGUUCGACGAAUGAUAGCUCAGUCAUUCACACAUCUGCACCAUUUAUCUCGUGCAAUGCGGUUGAAGUUUCGAUGAUGUCUUUAGAGGAAAGCAUGGAGAGGUUUUGGAAAACCGAAGAGUUGACAACCAAGGACAACUACUCAGUGGAAGAACGGCACUGUGAAUCCAUGUAUCAGUCCACCGUUUCACGAAAUGUUGAUGGUCGAUAUGUAGUGCGGUAUCCUCGGAAGUCCGACUUCAAUGUGUUGCUCGGAAAAUCUCGGGACAACGCCCAGCGAAGGUUCGAGUACCUGGAAAGACGCUUGGAACGAAACCCAAAAUUAAAGAAUGAAUAUCACCAGUUCAUCAAGGAGUAUAUCUCCCUCGGCCACAUGCGGUUGGUCGAAGCGGAUGAUGAAAAUGCUCCAGCUUACUAUCUGCCCCACCACCCCGUAAUUAAGGAAGCAAGUACGACGACCAAGGUCCGAGUUGUUUUUGAUGGCUCAGCUAAAACUUCUUCCGGUUUCUCCCUCAACCAAGCUCUUUGCGUGGGUCCCGUGGUGCAGGACGAUCUCCUGGACAUCAUUCUGCGGUUUCGUACUUUUUCAUUGCUCUAG